AUGGUAGAUAUCGAUCUGAACAUCCAGUAGUGUAGCUAGUACAGUACUGAUCUCCUCCUAUACAUGGCAAAGGAGAAAGCUCCUUGCUGCAGUACAAACAACAGCAGCAAAGCACCGGCGACGGCGAGGCCGACGACCAAGGGGUCAACAACAGCGUCCGGCAAUGGCAGGCCACCGCCGACGACGCUGCACGACGUCCCCGACAAGCUCCUGGAGCUCAUCCUCCAAAACCUCGAUUCGUCUCUCUCGCUCGUCCGCGCCGCGGCGACAUGCCAGCGGUGGCGCCGAGUCAUCACCCAACAGAGCUUCGUCCUCGACUACGACAUACCACCGCAUCAGAUCGUGGGCCACUACCACCACCGUCUCCAUCCACCAUCCUUCACUACUCCCAAACCCAGAGGCUGCUGCAGCAGCGUCGCGUUCGUCCCCACCUCGCCGGAGUUUCUCACCACCGGCCGCCGCCGCCGCCGCUUCUCCCUCGACUUCCUCCCCGGUGGCGGCUCGCGGUGGGAGAUCGUCGAUAGCCGUGGCAGCCUCCUCCUCCUCGCCAAGAAAAAGAAAUCCAACUGGAUGCGCCGCUGCUUCCCCGACCUCGUCGUCUGCGAGCCGGUCACACGGCGGCACAAGGUGAUCCCUCGCAUGGAGGUGAUGAAGUACCACCACUGCGUCGGCGUGUUCCUCCUCGACUUCGACCGCAACGGCAGCUUCUCCAUGUCCAAUUUCAAGGUGACAUGCGUGGUGUACCAGCCAUACUUCGGUGUGUCCGGAGAUGUUGGCACGAUUACUGUUUGCGAGUACAUGGAGGACAUGUGGGAUUGGACCCGGCACAUGAAGCCCGACGAAGAUGAUGAGGUACCCAAGCUUUUCGAGUGGUACGUCGUCGUCACGCAUCUCAGAACCAGACCCGGUAUCCAUCUCCAUGAUAGGGAUUCCCUUCGUUUUCUUGGCCAUGCUGGGGGCUCGAUAUUCUGGGCGAUCAAGGAAGACGAAGGGUCACUGCUAAUUCUCGAUGAGAAUGGGAUUGAUCCCCACAUUUUACGCACGCCAGCGGGUGUGCGAGGGUCAGAGCUGCGAGCUAUCGUCGACGGCAAUGGCGACCGUCACAACGUGCGCGUCGUCGUCUUAGAGGGAGAGACUCUCCGUGUUGUGACAUGGUUGUGCGACACUGAUGAGUUGGUUCUUGAGAAGAGCCUCCAUUUGGUGGAGGCUACUCGUAGGCUACAAGGCUACAAGGAGAGCUGUUUUUGCGGCGGAGUGGACAUCGUCACGGUGAGCACGUCGUGUGCUGUUGUGACGCCGGUGGAGGAGAAGACGACAUGGAUGGUCUCCAUCGACCUUGAGACCAUGGAGGUGACGGAAUGCAAGUACGCAAGUGUUGCGUAUCCGUGUGAGCUUCCGUGGCCACCUACCUUAAGCGCUUGCACCGUGAAUUGUAGAAGAUUUGGAUAUAUAUGGUCGUUGCCCUAACAUCUGUGUCUAUUGAUUGGAAUAAUACCCUUUAAUCUUGUAAGAUGAUAUAAACAUGGCCCUUGCUUUUCUUGAAUGUGUAGAUUGGAUUUAGUGUUGUAUGUUCAUGAAGAGAGCUAUAUGAUGAUAUUAUGACCUCUGCAACAAAA